AACGCCUCGAACCCCUGAAAAACGCCGUAGUUGAUUAAAAAGUCGAGUCAUUUUCCCAUUCACACACAUCAUUUAUUACUCACUUUAUUCUGAUUAAUAAUGUCUGCGAGGUACGAUCGCGCAAUCACUGUCUUUUCACCUGAUGGACAUCUCCUCCAGGUGGAAUACGCCCAGGAGGCUGUCAGGAAAGGCUCAACUGCGGUGGGCGUCAGGGGUCAGGAUAUCGUGGUGCUAGGGGUGGAGAAAAAAUCUGUAGCUAAACUCCAGGAGGAGAGGACUGUGAGGAAGAUCUGUCUUCUGGACGACCACGUCGUCAUGGCCUUUGCUGGUCUUACUGCUGAUGCUAGAGUCCUGAUAAAUCGUGCGCAGAUCGAGUGUCAAAGCCACAAACUCACAGUCGAAGAUCCUGUCACACUCGAGUACAUAACUCGUUAUAUCGCUGGUCUGAAGCAAAAAUACACUCAGAGCAACGGUAGACGUCCCUUCGGUAUCUCCUGUCUGUUAGCUGGAUUCGAUUAUGAUGGCAGUCCACAUUUAUACCAGACUGAGCCCUCGGGAAUCUAUUACGAGUGGAAGGCAAAUGCCACUGGACGUGCAGCAAAAACCGUGAAGGAGUUCCUGGAGAAGUACUACACACCCGAGGAAGUCUCGACCGAGAGGGGCUCAAUAAAAUUGGCCAUCAGGGCGCUCCUGGAGGUGGUGACAUCCGGUCAGAAGAACCUGGAGAUCGCGAUAAUGCGCAGGGGUCAACCUGUCCAGAUGCUCGACAGUGACACGAUAGGCGAAUAUGUCGUUGAAAUUGAGAGGGAGAAAGAGGCAGAGGCCGAGAAGAAGAAGCAGAAGAAGUGAUACCACUAUUUUUUAUUCUCUCCACGAAUUGAUGUAACAGUUAUUGGCAGAAUUUUCAUUAAAACAUCUUCAUACUAUUA